AUGAAAUCCAAAUCACAUUGCUUAAAAGUGAGCGCAUCAAAUACCGUCGCUUCAGAUGCCGAACAAAUAUCAAAGCUCAGAGCAUCACAGUCGCCGAUUGCAAUUUCGCUUCAACGAUGCCCCACUUGGUCCUCUUUAGAUCCUCUAGUAUUUAAAGGAUAUUGGGACAAUGAUUCCGAUGGCAUUCUUGUCAAUACUGGACAAACAGCUUAUUUUACAUUCGACACACCAUCUCGGCCGCGGCUAAGCGGAGGUCCACUUAUUGGUGAAUAUAUUUUUGAACAAAUGCACUUCCACUGGUCGGUUGACGAUUUCACAGGAUGCGAACAUGUCCUUGACGGUCACGGUUACGCCGCAGAAUGCCACCUUGUACAUUACAAUAGUAAAUACCAGUCACUAGAGGCAGCUGUGCCUCACGCAGAUGGUUUGGCUGUAGUUGGAUAUUUAUUGGAAGCUGUUGAUGCACCGAACCCGAACUUUGACAUGUUCAUUGAGGGUUUAGAACAGAUUAAGAAACCGGAUCACAGUGUUGCUCUAUCAGCAGAGUCUUUGGCUUGGAUGAACAGAGAGGAUGUGACAAACGGUAGCUACGUCACUUACAAAGGAUCUUUAACCACGCCGCCUUAUGGAGAAUGUGUCACGUGGAUCAUUUACGAGAAAGCAGUACAAAUUGGUAGCGAACAGCUGGGACUUUUAAGACAAUUGGAAGGCGCCGAUAGUGUACCAAUUGAGAGAAAUGUGAGGCCUACACAGCGACAUCCGCCAGGUCAUUCUGUUAUAUAUGUUAAACAAGUGAAGUCGAAGCUUUGA